AUGCCUAAUGAAAGUGAUUUCGAACGUGAUUAUAUCCAGGAAUCCGGAAAUCAUGCAGCUCAUCACGAUCAGCGCUCGACGGUCAGUCGAAGUCAUUCCGCAGGCGGUUCAGAACGUCAAGGAGCCAGCAAGGUCAACAGAAAUAUCAACAGAUUCUCUAACUUCGUCAAAUCCGGAAUGGAAGCGUACAUUCUUGGCGAAUCGCGAAUGAAUGGACAACCUGGCGAGAAGCAUGAAGUUAUUAUCAGUGGUCCAUUGGUACAAUGGCGUCCCAUACAGCAAUACUACACAUGUACAGUGGAUAAACCGAAAAAGGAGACAAAACUGAAGGGAUUGAAGAGUUUUAUUGCCUAUUCACUUACCUCAACACUUAGUCGGAUACAGGUCUCUCGUCGUUUAAAGCAUUUGAUUGUUCCAUUAUCAACUCUCGAGCAAAUACAUCAUGAAUUGAUACGCCUUUGCCCGAGAAGCAAGUAUCAGGACGCUAUGAGGACGAUCUCAUCGACCACCGAAAACAUAUUCUACAAUUGUGGGUGA